UCUCAGUGCGGCCUACACAAACACAUAUAUUAAACACGACUCAACCAUCCGCCAAGAUGUCUCAGUCGACUUCAAACCCAGAAACAUUUCCAGAAGCAGCUGUAGCAGGUGGUAUCGGCGGCGUCGUGCUGGUUGCUGUGGUGGUCAUUGUCGUUGUCGUUUUAGUUAAAAGAAAGAGACGAAAGAAAAACCAAGAAUCAAACGAUGAUGGAGACUACGUCAACGUUAACGCGAAUGAUUACACAAACCAGAACACCGAGUCAUUUGGCAGACAUCCAGGAGUUUUAACAGACCAAAACCAGACUGGCAACCAGACGAUUCGCUCUCCAUCAGACGACUAUGUAUCUAUUGAUGACGAAGCUGGAGGCACUACUUGGAAACCGCACGUCGCCCUAAAACCAAACCUGCCUAGCACAAGCAUGCACGUUAACCUACAACCAGAACCUGACGAAGAUGACGUGUCAAACAUGUACGCCAAGGUUAACAAGAAGAAGAAACCAAUCAAAUCCGUGAAGGGACCUGAUUUGCCUGUUAUGCAUGACAAUGAGCUGUAUUCUGUGGUUGAUAAAACGAAAAAGACGAAACUAUCCUUGAAGCCUAAACCCUCUUGUGAUGUUUACGCCGUGGUAAACAAACAGAAGAAAUAUAGAGGGAAGAGUCCUGAAUCUAUAGGGAAGGGUUCCGAGUCUGAGAUAACCGGUGAUGUCUACACUGAAGUAAGAAAACCAAAGAAGUCAGGCGGGAAGAGUCCUGAAUCUAAAGGUCACGGUCCCGAGUCUGAGGUAACCGGUGAUGUCUACACUGAAGUAAGAAAACCGAAGAAGUCUGGGAAUAAGCCGAAUAUCCCAUAUGUUUCACCAGGACUCGUUUACACUGAAGACCCAGAGCAAGAACAGGGAGCCACAGGAGGAUAUGAUGAUAAGACAGACUCUGUCGGUGAUGAUGUUCUGUAUUCUACAAUCUGCUGAACAGCUCGGUGUAAAUAAUAUCAGUUACGGUCCCGUUGGUUCAGUUGGUGGGACCGCAGUUCUGAAAUAUAUUGUUUUAUAAAUAAACUCAUAUUAAAUGUAAGGGAUUUUCUCAGAAGUACACGUAACAGAAUUACAAAUUGUCUGACAUUCAUUAGUCAAUGAUUAGUUAUCCAGUGUGCUCUAGUGGUGAUAUUUAACAAAACAAACUCAAAAUUGAACUUUAAAGGGAUGAUUAGGCAAGACAUUCAGACUGGUAUGCAUAUUCAACGAUAUUUAAUGCACAUUAUCGUUUAAUAUCAAUAAGUAUAUUGAUAUAUUUAAUUUAUAAAACAGUAAAAAUGUGAGGGCUAUUAUAUAUAACGGAGGCAACCAUUUUACUUCAUCACACCGAACCGUGUUUAGCGUGUAGUUACGUAAUCGUCGGCGCGUCACAUCAGGUCUUUCAUCCAAAGAAAUAAACCUACCGGUCUGUACAUUUUUGCAGAAUGAUGAAACAGGCAUAUGUCUGUAUAAUAUCCAUCCCUUUGACAUCCAAUAUCCGAUGAUUAAUAAAUCAAUGUGUUCUAGCGGUGUCGUUACACAAAACAAUAUCCAUUCCAGUAAGCCAGAAAUAAGUAUACAUCAUUUUCCAAUACAAAAUAAAACAUCAUUGUCAAACUGGCUACAAAAUAAAUUGAAAAUAACUGUCCAUGAUGCGGCGGUAUAGUUCAGACAACUAUAUCGGAAAAUGACUGUUUAUUUAGUUAAUUGGUGUGUUCGUUUUGGGGGGCGGGACGUAGCCCAGUUGUAAAGCGCCUGCUUGAUGCGCAUUCGGUUUGGAAUCCAUCCCCAUCGGUGGACCCAUUGGGAUAUUUCUUGUUCCAGCCAGUGCACCACGACUGAUAUAUCAAAGGCCGUGGUAAAGGUAUGUGCUAUCCUGUCUGUCGGAUGGUGCAUAUAAAAGACUAAUGG